AUGUCCGCCUCAGUGGGGCCCCAAGGCGGCCCUCGCCCACCCACCGCGCCGCCAACCAUGCCCGACCUGCCGGAUCUCAGCCACCUCACCGAGGAUGAGAGGAAAAUAAUCAUGGCAGUGAUGGAUCGGCAAAAGGAGGAAGAGGAGAAAGAAGAAGCCAUGUUAAAGUUCGUCCUGGUCUUUGGUUGCCUGGUUCUGUCAGUGCUCUCCACCAUUCCGGCUCAACAGGAGUUAGCUUCCUACUGUCUCCUUAUUCUGGAGUUUGUGAUGAUCGUGGUGUUUGGGCUGGAGUACAUCGUCCGCAUCUGGUCUGCGGGCUGCUGCUGUCGCUACCGGGGAUGGCAGGGACGUUUGCGCUUCGCCCGCAAACCCUUCUGUGUCAUAGACAUCAUCGUGCUGGUGGCGUCGGUGGCGGUGGUGUCGGCGGGCAGCCAGGGGAAUAUCUUUGCCACGUCGGCCUUGAGGAGCCUGCGCUUCCUGCAGAUCCUGCGCAUGGUGCGCAUGGAUCGCCGGGGCGGCACCUGGAAGCUGCUGGGCUCUGUGGUCUACGCACACAGCAAGGAGCUGGUGACCGCAUGGUACAUCGGCUUCCUGGUCCUCAUCUUCUCCUCCUUCCUGGUGUACCUGGUGGAGAACAAGGUCAACAAUGAGUUUGCCACCUAUGCUGACGCCUUGUGGUGGGGCACUAUCACCUUGACCACCAAGAAGGAACAGGGAGAAUCAACUACAAGUACGUUUCUUAGUAGUAAGCAGAACCUGCUGAGGAGGUAUACUACUCGGAAGCAUCCUAGCCAGAAGCUGAGCUUCAAAGACCGCGUGCGGAUGGCGAGCCCUCGAGGGCAGAGCAUCAAGAGUCGCCAGACGUCCUCGGUCAACGACCGUCGCUCCCCGGUGGCGGAGCAGGGCCCGGAGGGCACCUCCCCCACCAAGGUGCAGAAGAGCUGGAGCUUCAAUGACCGCACCCGCUUCAGACCCUCCCUCCGCCUCAAGAGCCAAUCCCGUUCCACCCCAGACGGCGACUCCAACGCGAUGGCGGAGGAUGGCUUCGAUGAGCGCGGCUGUCACUGUGAGAUCUCCGUGGAGGACCUGCUGCCCUCCGUCAAGUCUGUCAUCAGAGCCGUCAGGAUCAUGAAGUUCCACGUGGCGAAGAAGAAGUUUAAGGAGACGCUCCGGCCGUACGACGUGAAGGAUGUGAUCGAGCAGUACUCCGCUGGACACCUGGACAUGCUGUGUCGCAUCAAGAGUCUCCAAACCAGGCUGGACAUGAUAGUGGGGCCUCAGCCCCUCAGCAGCAGAACCAAGACGUUUUCCUCCCCCUCCUUGCCCAUGUAUUACAGCCAGGCCCGAAAGAACUCCUCUCAGGGAGUGGACCAGAUCCUGGGGAAGGGUCAGAUUCCUCUGGAUAAGAAGAUCAGGGACAAGCUGUUGUCUGAUGGAGACCUCCUGGAGGACAUGAGCAUGCUGGGAAGAGUCUGUAAAGUGGAGCGACAGGUCCAGUCUAUAGAGUCCAAGCUGGACUCCCUGCUGGACAUUUACCGCCAGGUCCUGCGCAAAGGCUCCUCCUCGGCCCUCGCCCUCUCCUCCUUGCCUCUGUUUGAGCUGGAGCAGACCUCAGACUACCAGUCCCCCACCCAGGUGAGUGGUCUGGGGGGAGACCCCGGGGGGUGUGUUCCGCGUUCCUCCACCACCGUCUCCCGGGGGCUCCACCUCAUUCUGGCCCCGCACAAUGAACUCGCCCUCAACCUCAACGCCUCGCCCCCGUCUUCACCUCUUCCCCAUCAUCAUCACCCUCAGCCUCCGCCCACGCCUGACAGUGGGAACCCCGGGGCCGGUGGGGUGACUCCGCCCGUCUUCAGCCCCAGAAGCCUCACCCCAGUUGGAGAUGGAGGCCACGGGGGCUUCCCCACCCUGGCAAGACCUCCGCCACCGCCUCCCCACGCAAACAGCCGAACAUUGUGCCCCAGCAGCACGCCCUCCAGGUCGGAGAGGGAAUUGGGGGACUUCUGUGGCAUGCUGGGGAAUCCGAGAGAGGACGGUGGUGUUCUGGAACCAGACCAGGGCCUAGGGCUGGACCUGGGGCUAGGCCUGGGUCUGGAGCGGCCUGAGCGCGUUCGGCUGGCUGCCGCUAGCGGUAGCAAUGGCAAGCUCAACGCCAAGGAAGAGGGCUCCUGGAGGACACACGUGAGCCUGGAGAUGGAGCCCCUGGUUCCCCUGGCCUUGAGCCACUGCUCCAAGCCCAGCACGGUGGACCGAAGCCUGGGGAAAUCCAUAUCAGUGCAGGACCUGAUGCAUGCCACCCCAGGGGGGAGGUCCAGCCUGGACAGCCAGCCCAGCCUAAGCCUGUCCUCCCCCAGCCCCAGUAGCCAGGACUCCCCCACCGGCUCCCACGGCAGCCGGGACCCCGGAGGGGGGGGAGGGGCGUGGCGGGAGGAGGACCUCUUUAUCAGCGACAAGGACGUGGAAACGCGAGGCUUUGACUUCCUGUCCCAGGGCGCCCCCACCGAGGCUCCGUCCUCUUACUCCUCAGAACUCCUGAGGACGGGGGCCGCGGGGGCGGAAUCCAAUCGGAGCCUGGCGAGCGGGCACACGUCCACGCCCCCCUCGGCAGGGAGCACUGAUUCUCUGAGCCUGCCGCAUGUACGGCUAAAAUAGACACGCCCCCCCCCCCCCCCCCCCUUCAUGGUGCCACUGACGGAGCUUUUCUUACACAGAAAGGCUUUUUAUUACUUCUAAAUGAACGGGGGGGUCCUUUUUGUUUUUACUUUCACGUCGAUUCAUUUGAUACGGCAUAGUAUUUUUCAUACAUGUUGACCAGACAUGACAUAUCAUUGCAUGAGUCAGUCUUUUUAAAAGAUAACAUUUAAAAGGUUUGUAAAAAAAGAGUUAAGAGAGGAAGUGUAAACUAGUAAAAAGGGGGCGAUAUACAAAAAAAAUCUACCUAAAUGCUAGAAAAACUUGAUUGAGACAAUGGAGAUUGAUUAUGGGAUUUUCACACGUUGCAUGAGCACUGCAUGUUUUCAGUCCAAAGUACAACCUACCCAGAUGUCUUCAGUCUGAGACGAGGAGAAAUGUCUUCACACGAACGGGCAUCUUUGCAUUGUGCAAAGCCUUACGCCACAUUAUUUUAAAGACCUUCUGAUCGAUUAGGUUAGAUGCUUAAAUGCCAGGCAAAGUACCAUUGCUAUGAACACUAUUAGCUUAGCCUCUGUGUUGAAUGCUUACAACAUUAUCCUCUAAUACUUUACUAGAUUUCCACAGGUGGCCAUCUUGAGAAAGGAAAUGAAUGUUGCUUUAGCUAGACCCAGUUGUCACUUUCCCUGUUCUUUGGAGAUCACUCGAGUCACUCAAAAUUAACUUUACAAAGUAUACAAAUUACAUUACAAAAUGCAGUUUUAUCAUUUAAAAAAAUCCAGGCCAGUAGUAAAUAACAUAACACACAAACACAAAGAAUCUGGUAGUUUACAUGUGACAAUAUUUCAGUGCCCGCUAGCUGCUAUAGACAGUCCAAGGUACAACCAAUCGUAAAACAGGGAGGACAAGCUGCUAACAACAAAUAAGAAUUAUGCACCUGCCGCUUUUCUGCCCGACAACUACGGUGUCAAAACAUUUUGAAUGUCAUUCAUUGGUGGAAAAUUCUGUGUCUCAAACAAAUACGUAAAAGUGAGAAACUUGUUUAAAACUUUUUUUUAUAAACAUGGAUAUUUGUUACCCUUUUUUAAAUUAUAUACUGUAAAGUCUUAUUAUUUCAGGUGGUGUUCUCAAUUCAAAAGUCAGGCUUUAACAGAUGACGUUCUGUUAACAGACUAUAGUGUGGAAUUAAUUUUGCUAAUGUUGAAAUGCUGUAGAAUGUGUGUAUAUACACAUAUGCUCAUCUGUAGAAUAUUUUGCACAGUCUGGCAGUGUGAAAUAAUUAUGCUAAAUGACUUGCUCUUUUCAUUAAAAUGGUACAGUGACAGGUACAACAGGUAAAGGACCAUGGAUGUCUAUUAUAAUCUAUCAUUAUAUCAUAAAAUACUAACAGGAAAGUGUAAUGGCUGUUCUUACACCCAAAGAGGGAAAUAAGGCCCACAACUAUCAUCAGAAAAAUGCAUUUACACUCCUUUAAAGUUUACCACCGAAGGUUUCACCUGAGUAAAGUAUACAUGGUGCCUUGCUUAUAAAGUUUCAUCAAUUUCCAAAUUUGAUCGCUUGGGUUGGUUUUGUUGGAGCUGAAAUGGGCUCGCAUAUUUGAGUAUCUGUACUCCCUUGUAUAAUAUCUGUUUUGGAAUUUAUUGUCUUUUACAUUUUUUAUUCAUAGAUUAUUGUAUUAGUAUAUGAUAAAACUGGCCUUGAAAUAUGUCAACAUACUGUGUCAUUAUAGUAAUUUAUUUAAAGUAAGUGCACAUACACAGAAGCCAUCCUUUCUGUUGAUGUUCUAAAGCCUAUUAUAUCAUGAAAAUGCAAAUGAUCUUUUAUUCUCAUACAUCAUUAAAAAACAAAAAUUCUGACUGAA